AUGGAAGUAGGAGCUGAAGUUACGGUAAACACCCCUGAGCAUCAGUCUGUUAGAGGGCGAAUUAUUGAAAUCAUCGAAAAUAAGGCUUAUGUUCAUUUUGAAACACAAGAUAGACGCUUGGAUAAGUAUUUUGAUAUUUCUCAACUCACAGCAUUGCCUCCACCUAUCGUAGUUGAUGAGGAGCGACAGAAAAAAGACCAAGAAAAGCUUGAAGAAGAAAAGGAGAAAAUAAGAAACAUAGAUUCAGUUCAAGUUGGGAAAUACGUUAUAGAUGCAUGGUAUUACUCACCAUAUCCUGUUGAUAAAUCAGUUAGAAAGCUCUAUAUAUGCGAAUACUGCAUGAAAUACUUCACUUCAUUAAAAGAUUUACGUUCUCAUUACGCGGAAAUCUUCGAGAGAAAGCCGCCUGGCAGAGAAAUAUACAGAAAUGGAGAUAUCUCAAUAUUUGAAGUCAAAGGAAAGAAGCAGAAGAUGUUCUGUCAGUGUCUUUCCCUUCUUGGCAAAUUAUUCAUUGAACACAAGAAUUCGUACUUCGAUGUUGACUCUUUCAAUUACUACGUUCUUUGCGAAUGUGAUGACUACGGUGCUCAUUUGGCCGCGUUUUACUCAGUUGAAUCAAGACUGGUCGAAAACAAUCUUUCUUGCAUCGUUGUUCUACCUCCAUACCAAAAGAAAGGAUACGGAAGACUCCUCGUUUCACUUAGUUACGAAAUUUCAUUUAGAUCUGGAGUAAUUCUUGGCCCUGAGCGACCAUUAUCGGAUAUGGGACGCAUUUUAUACCUUUCUUACUGGAGAGAUGUUGUUAUUUCAACAAUUCUCAAAUCUCCAGACGAAUCUACUGAUUUAAACGUAAUUAGUGCAAAAACAUGGCUCAAGAAGGAUGAUAUCGUUGAGGCAAUCCAAUCUGCUGGAUUAAUGGUCCGUGCUUCAAGAACAGCGCCACUUACUAUUGAUUUGGACUUAAUUCAACAAGUUAAGGCUAAAUAUGAGGAUGUCGACCUCAAGCCACACAUUAAUCCUGAUCUCCUUCUUUGGUUUAAGAAAGGAUCUUUCAAUUAA